CAGUGCCUGAAGAUGGAAAGUUGGUCGGUUGAUCAAGUCUGCAACUGGUUGAGACAGAGAAAUUUAGGAGAAUUAGUUCCUAAGUUUCGUGAAGAAGAAGUAAGUGGAGCAGCUCUUCUGGCUCUUAAUGAUCGUAUGGUGCAGCAGCUGGUAAAGAAGAUUGGGCACCAGGCAGUGUUAAUGGACCUGAUCAAUAAAUAUCACCAACAAAAAAAUGGUCUGCAGUCCCUUACCUGCUAUUGUGGAACAGCUUCUCCAGAAUUGGCAGGAGCAAUCAGUGGAAAAAAUGUGAAAUCAUUUCUUGCAAGAUAUAAGACGUUACAGUGGACAAGUUCUUAUGCUUUGCCAGACUUCCCUUAUGAUGUCAAGUGUAUGUUAGCAGAAAAGAAAAGCCCCGAUCACAGUAUGAGAAUAAGGAUUAUUGAAUACUUGCAAGCAGACAUGACAAAAUACUUAAAAGGAUCUCUGUAUCCAAACAGUCAACAGUAUAACAUCGUUGUCAAUGCUUUGCUGCAGGCAUACCCAUUCCUUGAUGAAGGUGGAAAUGGCUUUUUGCUGUGGAAACGAGCUCUUAAAGAUCGCUUCAAAUACGUCCGGAGACCCAUCGAAGAUGAUGAGCAAGUUCUGAGAAACAAAUGCAAAUUUGGCCACAGGCGGGGACAGAGCAGGAAGUCUGUGUGUGCUGAAAACAAACCCCUUGACGUCCAGCUACGGAUAGAGGAGGAACCUGUUUAUGUUGACGGGCAGGCGCUGGACGUGCACAUUACCUGGCUUAAGCGAGAAUACCUGAAAGCUCAGAGGAACUGGGAGGAGGUGGACAGCAGGAUGCGUGCGACGAGCGGAGUGCGCAGGAAGAUGAUCGAUGACAAGGCACCGUUAAAAGAGAUUCUCAGACUCUUCCCUUUCCUCAGAUGUCCUUAUCAGCUUUUUAGGGAGUUCCAGCUUCUCACGCACACGGACAUUUAUAAGAAAACAGUAGAGAUUUUGGAGACUUACUCGGAGAACAUACUCUCUCUGCAUGUGGUGAGGAAUAAUCCAAUUAACAUUAUGCUGCAAGAAAAUCUGAAACUCCACGCAGAGGAAGACGUUCAGAAAUAUAUGAAGAUGACGGCUGCAUGUUUGCUUCUACCAGAGGUCUUUGGAGAUGAUGCCACUCUGUUUGCUGCAGUGAAUGAGGAGGUGACGGUGGUAACACCGCUGUUGAAAGUGAAAAACCCCUUCAACGUGAACUCGUGUGAGUUUGCUCUGUGCGUAGAGAGAGAGGAGCUCACCCAGCUCGACGACUGCGCUGCGGCCCUGGCCGCGCUCGUGGCCGCGUUCCACGUGUUCGAGAUCCCGUGUCCGUGGGGGAUCCGGAGCACGCUGACCUUCCUCGCGUCCUGGCGCCCGAGGUGA